AUGUCUUUGCGUGAUUACUAUGUGGCUAACUAUUCAAAAUGUGAUGUCAAAUAUAAUUUUCUAGCUUCAUGGAAAGGUGUAGCUUAUCCCAGUCAUUUAAUUCAAGUGAUCGCAUGCCCAUUCCAAAUUCUCACGUUUUACAUUAUCAUUCAAAAAACUCCGAAAAAUAUGAAAAGUGUUGCAUGGCCUUUGUUUCUGAAUCAUUUUCUAUGUGCUAUGCUCGAUGUUGCGUUAUGUACUCUAUCUACUGCUUAUAUUUUUCUACCAAUUUCUGGAAUAUUUGGAGUAGGACUGCUCAGUUGGCUGGGAGUUCCUUCUAUUGUGCAAUUGAUUUUUGGGGUAAUUAUAGCCAUCAGCGCUGUUUGCUCAUACGUGUAUCUUUUUGAAAGUCGUAGCAGUUCUCUACUACAAAAUCGAUUUAGGAUAUCCAGAAAAUCCACUAGAAUUAUCUACCAUAGAAUUAUUUUCUUUUACAAUUGUGCUAUUCUUCUCGUUUUCUUCAAAACUCCUUCUGACCAAGAAGCUGCCAAGUUAGAAGCUUUAACUAUCUAUCCAUGCCCAACAAGGGAGUUUUUCGAGUUUCCGGUUUUAAUUGUGCUUUCUGAUCAAAAAACGGCGCAAUUCGUGACCUAUAUAUUUAUUCCUUCUAUGUUUCUACAAACUGCUUUGAAUAUUUUAUUUCAUGUGUUUUGCACGGUAUACUAUCUAUACAUAGCUCCAUCAAAAUCGGUAUCUACGGAAACUCAGAAAAACCAAAAGUCAUUCCUAGUCGGAAUUUUUUUUCAAACUUGCAUCCCACUGGUCAAUAUAGCUGCGCCGAUUGUCAUUUUGUCAGUUGCUCACUCUCUGGGCUUCUACUCCCAGGAAAUGAUGAACUUGUCAGCUGUAUUUGUUGGACUUCACGGACUUGUAGAAAGUAUUGCAAUUGUUACAGUACAUCACCAUUACCGGAAAAGUGUGAAACGGAUGUUUUUAAACAAGUUUUGCAAACAGCACAGAAGUACAGUUUUCGUAGGCACAAACGAUAGAGGUUCAAAUUCUCUCUGGAGUAGAGGUGCAAUAUGAUAAUUUUAUGAAUUUCUUAAAUACAGUUAAUCAAUUUGUUUAAAUUUUUGUUGAAAUUUAUUUAUGAGUAAAUUUUUUAAAUGUUUU